AUGCGUUCGUUUGCUCUUGCCAUUUUCUCCGCCUUCGUGGCCAUCGCCUCCGCUCGAACCCAGCCCGACUAUUCGCUCAGCCCUGAGGGCAACCCCAUCCGCUUGCCCGGAUUGAAUGACCAGGUCCCAAUCGGCGAGCCCUACACGAUCACUUGGGACCCUACCACUACCGGAACUGUUUCGCUGGUUCUCCUCCGCGGGCCCAGCACCAACGUCGUUCCUCUCGAAACCCUGGUUGAGGGCAUUCCCAACUCUGGCAAGUACUCCUGGACUCCUGCCGCCAGCUUGGAGCCUGAUGUCACCCACUACGGCCUGCUCCUGAUUGUGGACGCCACCGGCGAGUACCAGUACUCGACCCAGUUCGGCAUCUCCAAGGGUGUUGAUUCGAGCUCCUCUUCUACAACUACUACUGCUGCGCCCACCACUGCCCUUACAACUGCUUCUACCACUGCCCCCACGACGACAAAUCCCGCAAGCAUUGUUUCCUACAGCACCUUUACUCCUUCCGUUGUCGUCACUACCACCCGCUGCAACUGCCAGUCCUCUUCCGCACCCGUGCCCACCGGCACUCCCGCUUGGACCUCGAAACCCGUCAUUCCUGCGCCUUCCCAGCCUACUUCUGUGAACCCUGAAUCUGGAUCUCCCUCAACUUCUGCAAACACACCUGUUUUCACCGGCGCCGCUGCACACAACAUCAUUGGCCGUGGCGCUCUUGCUGCUGCACUCAUCGGUGUUUUGGCUUUGUAA